CUUUUAUUCAAUUUUAGAAUCCAUUCUUGCAAAAACAGAAACCUCUUCUUCAAAGUCCCCGAUCCUCAACCGGACUGAAAGACAUCACUUCCAGGAAGGUUUAGUAUGGAGAAGUAUGAGAAGCUUGAGAAGGUAGGGGAAGGGACUUAUGGUAAGGUGUACAAAGCUAAGGACAAGGCUACUGGACAGUUGGUAGCCCUCAAGAAAACACGUUUGGAAAUGGAUGAGGAAGGUGUGCCCCCUACUGCUCUCCGUGAGGUGUCCCUGCUCCAGAUGCUUUCCCAGUCCCUCUACGUGGUCCGUCUGCUAUGUGUUGAGCAUAUUGUUGAUGGCAACAAAAAGAAUGGUGGCAGUGACAGUGGCAAUGGCAAGCCGCUCCUCUACCUUGUCUUUGAGUACCUUGACACUGACCUCAAGAAGUUCAUUGACUCCCACCGCAAGGGCCCCAACCCCAGGCCACUUCCACCUUCCCUCAUCCAGAGCUUUCUCUUUCAGCUCUGCAAGGGUGUUGCCCACUGCCACAGCCAUGGUGUACUCCACCGGGAUCUCAAGCCCCAGAACCUUCUUGUUGAUAAGGAGAAGGGCAUUCUAAAGAUUGCUGAUCUUGGACUUGGCAGGGCUUUCACUGUCCCACUCAAAAGCUACACCCACGAAAUCGUCACUCUCUGGUACAGAGCUCCGGAAGUUCUCUUGGGAUCCACACAUUACUCCACUGCUGUUGAUAUGUGGUCUGUUGGUUGCAUUUUUGCUGAGAUGGUAAGAAGGCAAGCCUUAUUUCCAGGGGAUUCUGAGUUUCAACAACUGCUUCAUAUAUUCAGGCUGCUAGGGACACCUACGGAGAAGCAGUGGCCUGAAGUUUGCUCACUACGUGAUUGGCAUGUGUACCCCCAAUGGGAGCCCCAGAACCUUGCACGAGCUGUUCCAUCAUUAGGGCCUGAUGGUGUUGACCUUCUAUCUAAGAUGCUUAAGUAUGAUCCAGCUGAGAGAAUAUCAGCCAAAGCGGCGCUAGAACACCCCUUUUUCGACAGCCUUGAUAAGUCUCAAUUCUGAGGCUGCAUAUUGCUUCUAAAAGCUUGAUUUUAUGACAAUCAAGUCAGAUGCUUUCAUUCAGAACUCGUAGAUUGAAGAGAUUUUCAUCGUCUUGGUGAUUGAAACUUGUCGUAUCAGAUUGACAUAAGUGGUGUUCUCUCUUUAGUGGUUUACCAGUGAGGAAUAAUAGUUCCCAUUCUGCUUCUGUUGUUUUAAAUUGUCUUUGCAAAUGGUUGGAAUCAGUAUACCCUGUUUUAGAAUAUGAUCAAAGCUUAUUGUAUUCACACCAGAAUUUCCUUUUCCGAGCUCUUGCAUGAUCCCAGAAGCAUAAGGUUGUGAUA